CGCCGCCAGCGCCGCUCCAAGGCCUCCACUCCAUUCUCCAGCUGUCAUCGUUGGUGCAUUCUGCAGACUGUACUGCGACUGCGCGCCGCGAGGCACACUGGGACUCGUGGCCUAACACCCCAAGGCAGCUCAUUGAAGAGUAAGAGGAGGAGCCAAGACUAGAACUCCGGGAGUCGGCGAGAUGGAGGGCUUCGUGUCGAACGUGGAUAUCUGCAACCUGGCCUUUAACGGAAAAUUGGAGCAGCUGAAGGAAAAGAUCCUCACCGACAAAUCCGAGGCCACCAAGAUUGAUCAGGAUAAUCGGACCCCAUUACAUUGGGCAUGCUCAGCUGGAUACAGUGAAAUUGUUAACUUCCUGCUCAAUUUGGGAGUGCCAGUGAAUGAUAAAGAUGAUGCGGGUUGGUCCCCCCUUCAUAUUGCAGCCUCUGCUGGUCGCGAUGAGAUUGUGAAGUCUCUUCUAGCAAAAGGAGCUCAAGUGAAUUCGAUCAAUCACAAUGGAUGCACUCCCCUGCAUUAUGCAGCGUCCAAAAAUAAACAUGAGAUUGCUGCCGUGUUAUUAGGGGGAGGUGCUAAUCCAGAUGCUACCGACCAUCUAGAGUCUACUCCACUGCACCGGGCCUCAGCCAAGGGAAAUAUGAAGAUGAUCCAAGUCCUUCUGCAGUACAACGCGUCUGCAAACAUCCAAGAUGUACAGGGGAACACUCCUUUGCACUUGGCUUGUGAUGAAGAGAGGAUUGAAGAAGCAAAACUUCUCGUGUCCCAAGGAGCAAGUAUCUUCGUUGAGAACAAAGAGAAGAAGACUCCAUUGCAGGUGGCAAAAGGUGGCCUUGCAGCGAUACUGAAGAGAAUGGUGGAGAGUUAAGUAGGCCUACUGCUUCAUGUCUGUUCUGCAUCUGGUUCUUUGACCGUUGUUAUUUUGUUAGUGUUCCCUGUUUUUUGGAAACUGAUAAGCUUGUGCUCAAUAACAUAAUCCUGUUGUUAAUGCUUUAUGGAAAUAAAUGUUUUACUGUUUCACAAUCA